CUGAGCUAGGUGCUCACCAGUACCAUUGAGUUGGAACUUGGCCGACUACAGCUUCCAGAGUCCAGGCGCAGAUCUGGCUACUAUUCGCGUCGGAUCACCAACCUUGCGAUUGCACCCUAGUUAUUUUUUGCAUUCUCGUAGAUUUACUACCUCUCGGUGCCCAGGCAGGAUUGGAGUAUCUACGUGAUUGCAGUUAAUCAACAUACUCAGAAAGAUCUUAUGGAUAUUUUCAACGACCACAGUGAUUCCGUAGAAUCGCAACCGACCCAGCUCCUACAGCAUGCACUUACGAAACAAAAAUCAACCGUGGAGCACAUUGAUGACAAUUGGGGCGAGACGGGAGGAAUCUCAGCACAACCUUUUCUAGCUAAUUCAAUGAUAGUUCCUCCUGCUCAAGGUUCAACACCCCGCUACCAGUUCAACUGGCUCGCCCCCACACAGACGCAACCACAGGUUUUGCACAGGGAGGAGGAAAUAGUCAAGGAAGGAUCCCAGAAAGAAAAUACUCCAGCUUCAAGUGAGAUCAAGCACGAAAUUGCUGCGCGUACCCGCUCGUCUUCUCCACAAGCAUCUUCCGCCAAACCGGUCAAUUUAAAGGGUUCCCAUGCCGAUUCUUUGAGCCACCCUGAUUCACGUACAGCAUCUGGCAUCGGAAAGGCAAAUGUCCCAAAGUCUGUUUCCUUCCAGUCUCCCCGUCCAGCCAGGUUGGCCCAACCACUUCUCCAACCCACCAAAUCCCUCCCUGCGGCACCCGGUCGACGCCAGAGAUCUCCCUCCCCUCCUUCGCAAGAUUCCUUUGGUGGCGCAGUAUCACAAGAUCCUGCAGCGACUUAUAUGGCACAAGCUACUCAGGUUUUCGAGGUGCCACUCUCUGACCUAGGGCAUACCACCGCAAACGAUCUCACUAUGGAUGACCCCUUGGCCCAUUCGUCCAAGUCGCAAGAGGAGGAAGGUGAUUCAUGGAUGGACAAAAUAAGACGCGCUUAUGAGCAGACGAAAACCAGCGAAGCCAGCGGCAGCAUACUGGUGGCAGGUACUCCUUCGCAAUCGAGCGGUGAAGGCUCUUCCCAGAAUGUAAGCUUUCCCCAUCCCGACGCAUCGCAGCUGUUGAACGAUGAGGAUUCGCUUGAAUCCAUUGGGGCACGACGCAAUCGAUACGGGGUCGAGGCAGACGCGUCACAAUCUUCACUUAUUGUGGCGGAAGAUGAGCCCACAGAAGAUACGAAACCCGCGGCAAUCCCUGGACAGUUUGAGCCCACUCAGCUAUCAACACCAAUGGAAAAUACUGUUAUCAGUACCCUGGCAGAAGACUACGCGCGAACCUUGGGUUCCAGAAGUGCUCGUGCCACUGUCGGGACCACCUCCACGCCGGGUCCUCGUAGUCUUCUAUCUUUAAUCCGCCCAGAACAACGGGAGCGUAGACUUAGACAGCUGUAUGGCAACGGCCCUAGUGCGCCCCCGCCCCCCGCGAGUGACAAUGCCGCCAUGCAGCCGUUUAAUCAGACGCCAUAUGAACAUGCCCAGACCCAACCUUCAAGCUUUGUAGCGACACCCACUUCAGACUUACUUUCCGAGGACAACGACAUGCCUCCGCCCAUCAGACAGCCACCUUCUCUUCGUCACCUCCAGUUGUCGCAGCCCCAAGAAGCUGAUAACCUUGACAUCGUGCCCGACUCUGAACCACCCGUCCCGAGUACUGCCACACCAACAAGAGAUGCGAGGUUCAACCAGAGUCCUACAAAGCGCCCUUUCCGUCCUCUUAGCCCCAUGUCUGAGCAUGGCUCAGGAGAGAUUGUUGCAGACUCUAUGGAGGUGUCCGAAAGCAGCCAAGAUCCGGAGGGCGAUAUUCCUCUAGCCGCUCUUCUGCAGCAAAACCGGCUUCGGGAAAAACGCGAUCCUCGAGGAGGCCACCAUCUCCCCCCUCCCCCUCCUGUGCUAGUCAAGAAGUCGAAUCCGCAGGUGAAUCCUCCCACAAUAAAGCCGAAAAGCUCAACUCGCGGGAAGAAGAAUGCGAAACAAGAGUAUGGAGAAAUUCCCACCUCUGCUCCUGAGCAGGACCUGCAAGAUCGAACCUCAAUGCCUGGGCGAGUGCCUACCCCUACGGUGGUCCCUCCUUCUGUCAAGAAUAAGAAGCAGAAAGGGAAGGCGCCACCGGCACCUACGCGCAAGAGCUCUCGUAAUCGUGCUGCAUCCUCUGCGGCAGGCAAGAAACGUAAGCACUCUUCGGAUACUGAGGCCUCUGAUGAGGGCGAGACACAUCCAACUCCGAAAGCCGAAAAACAGGAGGAGGAAGAGACAGAGCUCACUGACAAUGAAGACUAUAUGGACGUUGGUCCUGCUCCUGCUGAGUUGAAAGCACCUUCAUCAUGGAAGCGCAGACGCGUUGAAGAUGUCAAGCCUGCUCGUGCUCCGUCGAAGGCAUCCACUCGUAGCAAAACCUCUGAUACUCCUGCGCCGCCUACACGAGCAGCAAACCGACUUCGUCCCGCUGUAUCUACUAGCCGCGCUCUUCCAGCUCAGCCCGCCACUCGGGUGUUCGCGUUGUGGAGGCAAGACGGCCAUUAUUAUUCGGGCACCGUCCACUCGUUGCUGACCGGUACUCGAUAUCUCAUCAAAUUUGACGAUGAGACGGAGGACCAGGUGGAUAUCACCAUGCUUCGUCGGUACGAACUACGGGUCGGAGAUGCAAUGGAAUCAGGAUCCGUCCACGUCGAAGUUGACGACGGUUCUGACACAGAAAGCUCCAACUACGAGAUUCUGGAUAUCCGAAUCGCCUCAAGAGUUGUCCAGUCGCAUUGGAAAGACCGCACCCUUACUGCUGAUUCCAUCGUCACAAUCAUUCGGCCCAAGCCUCUACAUGCUACGCCCUCGCCUUCCGGGAUGUCCUUGAUGAGUGCCACCUCGGUCAAGCAGAAGAAGCCAUUCGCGAAGACCGGUUUCGUUGUGACGCUCACCGUCCGCAACAAGCACCCCGAGCAGAUGAAGGACAGUGUGAUGUUGGCUAUCAAGCACAAUGGAGGCACUGUCAUUGACGACUGGUCAAGCAUUUUUCCCAUGGAGGGUUCCCAUAGCCAGUCAAACAAGCGCUGGAUAGCUUCCAGGGAAAACUUCAAGUUCAACCCAAAGCCCGAGUUCGAGGGUUUGGAACGUGUUUUCCUCCUGGCCGACGAUUACAAUCAGAAGCCGAAAUUUCUGGAGGCUCUUGCACUUGGGAUUCCAUGUCUGUCUCAUGAAUGGAUGCGAGAUGAUUAUCUAAAACACCAGAUAUCACCGGACUGGCAACCCUUCCUGCUUCCUGCUGGAUUUUCGGAGUCAUUGAGUGCUCGUGUAUCUCAACUUGUUGACCUCGACUGGGGUAACUGCAAGGAGCACUUGAUCGACAUCAUGUCGAAUACGGUAGCCUCCAAGUUAUUCUCUGGCAAGACCAUACUGUGCAUCGGCGCUGAUUUCGUACCCUUACCGCCACGCGGGGGGAGAAAAGGUGGCUUCGAUGCUACGCAAGACGCAAGUCGAAUCGUCCCUUGGAUUAUGAUUUGCAUGGGUGCUUCUCAAGUGGAAGCGGUGACUGAAGUCAAGGUUGCCUCCAAAGAGCUUCUUGCGUAUGAUCAUGUUGUCGUCAAGGAAUCCACUGAGCGUCCCAAGGACAUUCAGGACGACGUAACACUCGCUGACGUUCCAUGGGUGAAGGACUGCCUCAUUUCAGGAAGGCUUUUACAGACGCCCGCUAGUCGUUGACAGACUCGAUAUCCUCCUGACGAUCUCAUUGGUAUCUUGACUAUUUCCCUGUACACUAUGUUUUAUUCUUGCUUGCUAACGUACUUACUCGCUAUGAUGCUUUGUGGUGGUAUAAUUGUAGUGUACUUGAUUCCCAUGUUCUUGAAAUGCUGCUGCAAUCUAACUCGCUUGACUGCUGGAUGCCAA